AUGAAUCAAGAUACAGAGAGUGACAACUCAGAAUAUGCCGAAGCACACAGCAAUAAAAGCUUGGAAGUCCCAGAGGUCGAUGAAGAGAAAGUAGAAAUGGCGGAUAGUGAAAGUAAUUACGAGAAAUCUGAUGAAAAGGAUGAAAGUAAUGAUGAGAAAUUUGAUGAAAAGGAUGUAACACCUAUCGAUACAUCGAAUGAUACUGACUUGCCUUCAAGGGAACCCAUGAAAGAUUAUUUCAGAUUGAAUGAACCUAUAAUAUUUGAACCUGAAGAUCUUACACCUUCAAACAAUCACUUAUUAGUGAACAACUUGAAUCGGAUCAAAACUACCUUCGAUAAUCACCAAGAUAAAUCAUCAAUAGAUCAAGGAACUUCAACUUUAAAAUCGUUAUUUCAACAAAUAAAGAACGCCAGUAUGAUAAACACUCAAAGUUCCAUUGAAUGGGAGAAAUGGGAAGAUCUUAUCAAUGAUAAAUUACCAAUUGAGGAAAUAAAUCUCUUGAUCAAUAAGGGUAUACCCAAUGAAAUCAGAGGAAUCAUCUGGGGAAUAAUAUCCAGGUCAAAUAAUUUGAAAUUGAAUGAUUACUUCUAUAACCAUGCUAAUUUGGAAUCCAUUCAUGAACGUCAGAUCAAGAAAGAUAUCACCAGAACAAGUUUCUAUACCUCCAUUUCCAAAUUAGAUAAGAUUAAUGAGAUUUUUAACAUCCUUAAGAUAUAUUCUAACUAUGAUAAAGAGAUAGGGUAUACUCAAGGAAUGAUAUUCGUGUUAACACCUAUAAAUCUUCAAUUGAAUGAAUUCGAAAGUUUCAAUUUGUUAGUUAAUAUCAUGUAUGAUUAUAAUUUAAGAAGUUUCUUUGAUAACGAAAUGAAAGGUUUACAUUUGAUGUUAUACAAAUUCGAUAGAUUAUUACAAUUGACUCGACCCAACUUGUUCAAUCAUCUUAUCAAUCAAGGAAUUAAGUCAUCUAUGUAUGCUAGUCAAUGGUUUUUGACUCUUUUCAGUUAUAAGUUUCCUAUUGAUAUAGUUUAUCGCAUAUUUGAUCAUUUCAUAUUUGAAGGAUUGGACUUCUUAUUGAAAAUCAGUAUCAAUUUGAUGAUUUUGAAUGAACAUAAUCUCAUGAAUUUGAAGUUUGAUAAGUUAUUGGGGUUCUUACAGAAUUCUUUGUUCAAUAUCUUUGUCAACGAUAAGUAUAUUGGUGAUAAGAGUCCUGAGAAAUCUGUCAUCACUGAUUUCUAUAGUAUCGAUAAAAUCUUCAAGAACCUUAUAAAUAUCAAUCCUAAUGAUAUGAUAAAAUUCGAAGCAGAAUUCAAUGAAUUGUAUCGCCAGAAUAAAUUAAAGGAAGAAAGAAUCAAUAAAAUGAAUCUUGUUAAUGGGAAAUUAAGGAAUGAGAUUAAAUAUUUACAAAUGAACUUAGCUAGUCUAAAUCAAGAUCAUUUGAGUUUAUUACAAAACUUAAUCAAUUAUAAAAUCAAGUUGCCUGAAUUGGUGUCACAGAACUUUGAGUUACGAGAAAACAUUGACCAAUUGACGGAAGAUAUCGAUAAUUUGAAAACUAAAAUCAAUGAUGAUGUUCCUGAAGAUAUUGAGAAUCAAAUCAGUAAAUUGUUAGAUAUCAACAAAUCUGAAACUGAGAGAAAUAUCUCUUUAGAAGAUGAAUUAGACGAACUAAUGGCUCAAGAUAAAGAGUUAGAUGAGAAAUUAGCACCUUUUAAGAAGAGUUGGUUCUGGAAAUGA